UUAGUGUUCCAUUUUUUUCGCUUUCCGGGCAGUUGGUUCAAUAAUGCGCUUCAAUACAGUUUUAGUCAUAUUUCUAAUUUCCAUCGAACAACAAGUCGGUAAAACAGCACGAAUAUUAUCGAUAUUUGGUUUUGAGGGUCCAGCGCAAUAUGCAUUUGUCGAAGCCCUUCUGCGUGGGUUGGGUGAACGUGGACAUUAUGUCACCUCCAUUACAAAUUUUCCUCAAAAUUCAGAGCUUCCUAACUUGCGGCCCAUUGUGAUAAAAGAGAAUUUUAACUUGUAUGAGAAAUUUAAACAAGCCGCCAGUAGAGAUAUUGACAUGGAUCAUUUCAAUAGAACUGGAGAGAUUUUCACAAUAGGCUUUCAAAUGUCGGAAAACAUUCUUGGCAAUGUCAUGAUGCGAAAUCUGAUGAAAAACGAAAAGUUCGAUUUAAUUUUAAUGAACUUGCUGUUUUCCGAAUCUCUUUAUGGUUUGGCCCAACACUUUGACGCUCCAAUUGUGGGUAUUUGCACCAUCGGAUCAAGUAUUCUGCUGGAUGCCAUAUUUCGAAAUCCAGCACCUUUGUCGUAUGUCCCCAGUGUACUGAUGACACAUCGCUAUGAUGAAAAUAUGAAUUUUUGGGAGAGAUGUCUAAAUGUUGCCCUCUUCGUACUCGGCAACUUGUAUUAUGAUUUGGAAGUAUUGCCAGUGAACAGAGAGUACUACAAGCUGCGUUUUCCCAAUUCAACAAGAUCUAUUGAAGAGAUAAAACGGAAUAUAUCAUUGGUGUUAUUGAAUGAUCACCAUGUCAUAAGUACACCAAAACCAUAUUUGCCAAAUAUGAUUGAAGUGGCUGGUCUACAUAUUCCAGAGGCAUUCGAGCCGUUACCUCCUCACAUUGUGGCAAUGCUUAAUAAAACCGGAACAAAGGGUUUUAUAUACGUGGCCAUGAAAACACACUUCCCCGACGAUGUGAUGCAGGGAAUUCUCAAUCAGUUCGGAAUGCUGGAACAACUGGUUUUGUGGAACACCAUUGAAUAUCCAUCCCCAUUAUGGCGCAUACCAACAAAUGUUUACUUCUUUACCAAUUUAUCUCAUCAUGCCAUUCUCGAACAUCCGAAUUGUAAACUCUUAGUAUCUCACGGCAGCUAUUUUAGUGUUAUAGAAAGCAUUCAUUAUGGCCUACCCAUUUUAGGUUUGAAAAGUGUUUACUUUCAGACUGGAGAACUAUUUUAUUUUAUUUCAAAAAUAACUGCUGGCAUUUCCUUGAAAAUUGGACCAAAAUCUUUGCGAGACAAUGAGAUAUAUAAAGCCGCUCUGGAGCUGGUAGAAAAUGAUAUAUACCUUAAAAAGGCAAAAAUGAAAUCUUUUCAAUUUCGCGAUCGUCAGAACACACCAAUGCAGACAGCAAUUUAUUGGAUUGAAUACACCUUGCGGCACAGAGGUGCUCCACAUCUUCGUCACUUGGGACACAAUUUGAAUUCUUGGGAAUUUAAUAAUGCCGACGUUUAUUUGUUCAUUUUCCUGGGAUUAAUGGUUGUGUUUAGAAUAUUUAACAUUUUUCUAAAUUUUUCCAUUAAAUUAGUUAAGCAUAUGUGUUGCAAGCAGAAAUAUAAAAUCGCUUAAAAGAAGAUUUAGAGAUUUU